UUUUUAACUAACAUACUUUGCGUUCUAUCAUUUUCAGGCCGUUGUGUCUUUAAUGAGGGAGCAAUGUCGUUGUCACGGAGUAUCUAGUUCUUGUACUGUGAAGACAUGUUGGCAGUCUUUACCGCGAUUCGAGGAGGUUGGUCAAGACCUCAAGAAAAAGUACAUUGRCUCUGUGCAAGUAGUGUACAUCAAAAGAAAAAAGAAACUYAAGAGGAAAGGUCGCAAGAAAGUCCGUAUAAACAAUACUUCGCUUAUUCACUUGCAUGCUUCUGUGAACUAUUGCGACCGAGUGUCUGGACGAGAAUGUCGAAGAGACUCUCAGGGACGAGAUAGUUGCGAGUCAUUAUGCUGCGGCAAUGGUUAUAACACACGGACUGUACGAGAAUCUAUGCAAUGUGCAUGCAAAUUUAUAUGGUGUUGCAAAGUGAAAUGCAACGUAUGUGUGAAUAUCAAAGACAAGUUCACUUGUAAGUAAAUGCCACGUCAUCGCCACGUCAUCAUGUAUGAUGUCAGUAUUACGUCAUCAAAUGACAUCAUUGUAGUACUGUGAUGCACCAGAAUGGAAUGCAAUCUAUACAUGACAAAAAAGUACACUUAAAAAUAGAUUAUCAAGCAUGAUGUCAUUCAUCUUUGCUUCGUCAAAUGACAUUGGAUAUGUUGUCAAGUUUGACGUCAUCAGCAUGUUAACAAGUGACGUCAUUGUUGYAUAUGSAUUCUAAAUAUUGAUGAUCCUUUAUAAAGAAAGGACAAAACUAAACCUGUGAAAAUCAGGCUUGUAGCAUUUAUGGACGAAAAUUWAGUCAUGAUACAGGACGAUGCAAACUAGUUAACCUAGUCUUUCCUCGCUAUGAGUACUUUAGUUUAUGAGAAACAAAUGAUUUUCUCUACUCGUAGAUCCAAGAUAUUUGUUGUCAGUGAAUAAACGAAAUUAUUAUUAUUUUUUGCUMUGCUAAUGUAAAARURUGAGAAUUUCUUUGUUCGUUUUCCRGGUGCAUUACAUGGGGUUGGGUUUUGUAAGUCAACAAGUAUUACUUUCUUUUUAUACAUGUCUUUAGAUAUAGCCAUUUCAUAACAUUGUUUUUAUAAAUUUCCCACAGCAAAAGAAACUGUAAAUUUCGUCUUUCGUCCACCGUUUCAUAGAACGUACGUCCGCCAUCUUUAUCAAUACCAUGAUGCACUUCGACAAUUUAUCAUGACGUCACAAGGACCAAAAAAGCCAUUAAAUGCAUUGAUCACUUUAAUAGCUCGAGAAACGACAAAAAAAAAA